AAAACUAGUUUACUUUAUAUUUUCAUAAUAUAGAAAGGAAGUGGUUGGCGUACAAUAGAAGCUUUGUACUUUCGGCCAAUCAUAGAAAGCCAUUUCGAAAUCAACUCUUAAAGUUCCGUCAACCUCAUAUCUACAUACAGAUCUCCAACAAAUCUGCCACGAGCAAUCCCUUCACAAUGGCAACAACAAAGCCUAUAACUAUGCUCGUGGUGCGCAGUCGUCCAGCAUAUACUCUCACAGCUUCAAACAUCCGCACAUUUACACCCGUCGCAUCUAGAGCAACUUUCUCUACUUCUCAAUUCCGAAGCGCCACCCCAGCUGGACCUCCCCCGCCUGGCUUCAGACUGCCAAAACCUGUAAGAUGGAACGAGAGUAAGGAGAGUACGAUGGAUAAGGCGGGGAAAUACUUUCUCAUGUCGGAGAUGUUCAGAGGAAUGUACGUAGUAUUGGAACAAUACUUCAGACCUCCGUAAGUGAUGCCAUUGAAUCUCGACGUCUAUACUGCAGUGGCUAAUAACUUGCAGAUACACAAUAUAUUAUCCUUUCGAGAAGGUAUGCAAUUCGUAUUAUAUUAAGGUGGCGACAAAUGCUCAUAAAGUAUAGGGUCCAAUCUCGCCACGAUUCAGAGGCGAACACGCUCUACGAAGAUAUCCAUCAGGAGAAGAACGAUGCAUUGCUUGCAAGCUUUGCGAAGCUGUAUGUUAUUCCAUUCUUACAGAAAGUAGCGGAUCCUAAUAUUACUUAGAUCUGUCCCGCGCAAGCCAUUACCAUCGAAGCGGAGGAGCGUGAAGAUGGAAGCCGUAGAACAACCCGCUACGAUAUUGAUAUGACGAAGUGUAUCUACUGUGGUUUCUGCCAGGAAAGUUGUCCAGUUGAUGCUAUCGUGGAAUCACCAAAUGCCGAGUACGCCACCGAGACAAGAGAAGAGUUAUUAUACAAUAAGGAGAAGGUAUAUUUGCACAAUAAUAGCUUUGGGCCUCUCUGUCACUUACUAACUAUUCUACAGUUAUUGGCUAAUGGAGACAAGUGGGAGCCAGAAUUGGCAGCAGCAGCAAGAGCCGAUGCACCAUAUAGAUAACCAUAUUUUUAUUUGUUGCGAGGUGGGAAAUUUGUAAAUAUCAGAAGCGGUUCUUCAAAAAUGCAAGUAAAUGGACACAGAAUUCCUAUGAUUUAUGCCAUCAGACAUCAUUUCCUCGGAUUCGAAUCGAAUGAUCUACAGAAGAAGUGUAAUCAUACAAAUGUAGGUCAGUAGUGCCUCAUCUACUAUUACAGAAUCUCCAAGUGUAGAUAAACCACCAUCCAUCUU